AUGGAUGGGUCUGAAUGGUUUUUCUACGACUGCCGCACAGUGAGGCACGUGGCCCUGGGCCUGCUCUGCUGUGGCCUGUCUGUCUACUUGGCAGCGCUCUCCCUCUACGCCUUGCUGCUUUUUGAGAUCGAGACAGGAGCUGCAGCAGCAUCCGUUCUGGGCUCAGGGGCCCUGGUCCUGGUGGCGGUGCUGACCUACGUCCUGCUCCGGGCCGCCCGGGCUGCCCGCCGGGGUCCCCAUGAGCCGUCCCCACCAUGCUCAGAAGACCACCCAGCCCGCACCGCUGGGGUCCCCGGGGCUCAGCCCCAGCAAGUCCUGCUGAUCAUCACACGUGAAUUUCCUGGGGUGCUCAGGUUUGGUUCCACCUGCACCCCAAACGGAGAGAGGUCCCCAGAGGUCCCUCGGCCUGUCCCUGGGGCCACGCGGGGUGCCCGGGACUCAGGGGCAGCAGAGGAAGGUCAGCUGCAGGCAGAGGAGGCUGGGCAGCCCUUGGCCAGUGCUCGGCUGCCGCCUCCCAGGCCUCUGGACGCUGCACAGGGGGAUGGGGAGGGCGUGCACCCUGCAGCCCGGCGCCUGCCCCAGCCUGUGUGGACAAGGCAGGGAUGA